GAGCAAUGCUUAAAUCAAAGGAACUUGUUUCUUCAAGCUCUUCAUGCAGUGAUUCUGACAGUGAGGUUGAAAAAAAGGUAAGAAGAAAAAACAAGUUGUUCCAUAAAAAAAAACAAAAGCCUGGUGAGACUUCUAGAACUUUGGCAUCUUCUGAGCAGAGAAGCAGCAGCAGAGAUGGUAACAUCUUUCAGAUUGGGAAGAUGAGAUACAUCAGUGUUCGGGACUUUAAAGGACUAAUUCUAAUUGAUAUUAGAGAAUAUUGGAUGGACUCAGAAGGCGAAAUGAAAUUGGGGAGAAAAGGCAUUUCUUUAAACGUGGAGCAAUGGAGCCAGCUGAAGGAACAGAUCUCUGACAUAGAUGAUGCAGUAAGAAAGCUGUAAAAUCUGAGCCAUAUCAAACCUGGACUGUUGUAGUUGUUCCAAUCUGUCUUUUUACAUUGG